UUAGUGACAACUUCCUCCUUAGUAGUUGUGUGUAGAUUUCAAUCAUCAGUCAUUGCCUUACAAGGUUUAUUCUUAUUUUUCUCUCUUUCUUGGAAGGAGCUGAAUUAAUAUGAUAAUUUAUUUCAGCUUUUUUAUAAACAAUAUAGAAGUUGCUUGUACUGUUUGCAGUGUCUGCCCAUUUAAAUAAGAUACCACUAAAAACUAAGUUCUCACAUUUUCCCUGUAAGACAUAAUUUAUGCAAAUACACAACAUAUAAUUACAUAUUUAAUUUAUAUUUCUUAAUAAAUUAGUUUUUUCAGUAAUACUCAAAACUCCCUAUGGCUAAGUUUUGUUCUAGGUUAUUUUGGUUAAGAAAAUAAUCUAAUUGAUAUAGUAUUUGUAUAAUAAUGAACUAGUGGCAAAAGAGUAACAUUUUGAGGAUAUCUGUAUCAUCUCUCAUAAUCCUCACCCCAUGAGAACAUGUACAUUAGUAAAUGACAGAUUUAAGGUUUGAAUCUAUUAAUACAUGAGGGACUCUAAAACCUGUAUUAUUUGUGUUAGAUCAUAUAGUACUGGUGAAUAUUAUAAUUAUUUUAUCAAACUUGAUACAUGUCAUUCUCUUAAAGCUAUUGUUUUCUUUUCAGAAUGUUCCGAAACAACACUUAACCAAGCAAAGAACUAUUUCUCAAAAAACAGUCUCCUCAAUGAGGAAUGAUGUGAAAACGUAUGUCACUGUGAGAACAAGAAAUAUAACUUUGUUUGAAGGCAGCAGUUCUGACAGCAAAAAUGAAGAUGGGGAUAAAAUCCAUCCUAAAAUCAUCAAUGUUCAUCCUUGUCGACCUACUCACCCUGGUCUGAAACCUUCCCUCAAUCCUAUUGUGAGCCCUGGUGUUACAAAGGAGGAAGCAACAAAACUACCAACUGGAAAAAAAGAAAACGACAAGAAGUCUGCAUCAGGAUCAGGAGAAGAGGAAGACAUAGGGUCACCCUCGAGGUCUAAGAGUAUCUCGAAGACUGUUCUCCAGAUGCAUGGUGGUCAUUCAUCUGGGCCUGUUGAUCAGCAGAGGAAAAAUGCAGUAAAUGGAAAUGUAGAUGAACAAGACUUAAAAAUAACAUCAGAGGGAGAACAAGAAAAGCUUCAAGAAUGUGAAAAUAUCCAGCAACAGGUUACAGAAAAAAUGAAGACGUGCAGAAAUAAGAAAGUGGAAGUGUCAAGAAACCUAGAUGCCGAUUACAGCGACAGUGAUGAUAAUGAAUUAAUCCAAGAAAGAAGGAGCAGAAAACCUGAUAAUCCUCAAUUCUCCAGGCAGAAGAGUGAAGAGUAUAAUAGGCUUGCAGAGAAAACAUCUAAUAAAGAGAACAAGGUUAAAAGACAUCUAUAUUUCAAGGAUGACCCCGAUGACAUAAUUUGGUCAUCUGAAACAACCUCAGAGGUUGAUGAGUUGCCUUACUCUGAUUAUAAGAAUUUUAUGUUACUCAUUGAACAACAUAGAAUGGAGUGUAAAGAUUUUGUUAGCCUAUUGAAAAUCAAGAAUGCAAUAUCUGCACAUGAAAGACUAAUAGAACAUAAAAUACAUUACUGUGAACAACUUACAGUGAAAUUUAAAAAAAUGAAAAACAAGAUUAGUACACUACAAAAGGAACUAUCUGAGACAGACAAAACCAAAGUACAGUUAGAGCAUCAGAAACUUGAAUGGAAACAAGAGCUCCAUAGUUUAAGAUUAAUCUUACAACAAGAAGAAGAAAGAAGAAACCCUGAAAAGUAUGAAAAAGGUACAGAAAAUUUCAAAAUAAUGGAAGAGCAAUAUUGGACACAAGCUGAAGUGAAAAAACAACUUAAACUGACUCUCAAAUCAUUGGAAAUGGAGUUGAAGACUGUAAGAAAUUAUUUAAAUCAGAGUUCUCAUACUCAUGAAAAAGAAAAAGACCUGUGGCAGAAAAAUCACUUGAUGAAGGAUGAAAUUGCCAGACUCAGGCUAGAAAUAGACACAAUUAAACAUCAGAACCAGGAAAAUGAAAAUACGUAUUUCAAGGAUAGUGAAAUUAUAAAGAAAAAGAAUGAAGACCUUCAAAAGACUCUAAAGCUGAAUGAGGAAACAUUAACAAAAACAAACUGGUAUAAUGAAGAGCUUAAUGUUCUGACAUUGGAUAAGAAUACAGUGCUCAAUUCUGAGCUAGAGAAGGAAAAACAAAGAAAGCAAAGACUGGAAACAGAAAUGGAAUUAUACAGUUGUAGACUGGCUGCUGCUCUAUGUGAUCGUGAUCAAAGUCAGUCUUCAAAAAGAGACCUGCAGCUUGCUUUCCAGAACACAGUAAAUCAGUGGUGUCAUUUACAAGAAAACAUGAAUUCUCAUAUUCAGAUUCUUUCUCAGCAACUUUCUAAAGCUGAGAGUAAAUCCAGUAGCCUGGAAACUGAGCUCAAUUAUGAAAGAGAGGCUCUCAAGGAAAAGACGUUGGCUAUAGAACACAUGCAAGGAGUCAUAAGCCAAACACAGCAUCGAGUGAAGGCCAUUGAACACAUGUACCAAGAUGACCAACAUAUAGUGGAAAAAUAUGUGAGAAAGCAGCAAUCUGUAGAGGAUGGACUAUUUCAGAUACAAAGCCAAAAUUCAUUGCAUCAACAACAACUUAAUGAUGCUCACAAGAAAGCUGACAAUCAGGAAAAAACAAUAAUUAAUAUCCAAGCCAAAUGUGAAGAUACUGUAGAGAAACUUCAAGCUGAGUGUAGAAAGCACUGUAUUAUGCUGGAAGAGAACAACAAGGGGUUGAUAGAGGAAUAUACUCUUUUAAAAGAAAGGCAGUGCCAGUAUGAAAAAGAGAAAGAAGAAGAAGAAGUAGUUGUGAGAAAACUCAAACAAGAACUGAGUGAUGCCCUGAACAAACAAUUACUGUCAGAAGGUAUGCUAGAGGCUUCAUCACAACAUCAAAAUACUUUAGAAGAUGAGACACGAGAUACAAAAAAGAAAUUCGAACAGAUGAAAAGUCAGUUGCAAGAAAUCCAGGAUCAACUCACAGAGACUCUAAGAUAUGAUGAGGAGAUUCCAGACCACGUGCAAAAGCUUAAACUAGAAAAUGCCAUGUUAAAAAUUAGAAGGAAAGAGCGAGUGAACAAAAUUGAGCAGCUUCAGAAAAUUCUGGGGGGAUCCAAGAUGGCCGUUUAGGAACAGCUCGGAGUUGCAGCUCCCAGUGAAAGCGCGGAGGCAGGUGUGCAAGAAAACAUAACUGCAGAAGUACAUGAAGAUUUACUGCAUUUGUGUCAUCUACAUGCCAUGGAAGUCUUAAAAUCAGUUGUCAAUUUCUACAAAAUACCUGCUUGGAUUUGGACUGGGAUUGCAUUAUGUCGUGGGAAAGAGUGAACAUCUUAAUGUUGAGCCUCUCAACCUAUGAAUAAGGGACAUGGAACUUUCUGCCUGUGUUAGUUUGGGGUAUACAUUGAGAGCAUAACACCUUGGAGUGGCCCAUUCCAGUAUCUCUGAAUGCUUCAUAUAGACUCUCUUCACCUGCAGACCCAGUAAGAGAAGAAGCCUCCAGAUAGUCCUGCACCAGGCAAGUCACCAACUACAGAAUUACUACAAUAAUAUCUGAGUGGUUCUAUAACUCACAAACAUAGACAUGGGUCACUUGCAGGUAAUAAAGUUUUAGUAAUCGCAGUGACAUCUCAUCUCACCAGGAAGCAUAUUAUGGGCUCUGAAAACAGGUUACAAUGAGUAUUGAGGCAGUAGGAAUCAUAUUCAUUAGAUUUUAGCUAAAAAUGUUCUUGCAGCAAGGCAAAGUAUUCUUCCUGCACAUGUAGGAAUACCAGACCUGCAGAGAGUAAACACAGUGAGAGGAAAUCUGUGCUGCAUGUCUGUGAACUUCAGUCCCCAGGGAGACACACUGAGCUUGCAUGGCUUCUUUCACCACUGCUACAUUUGUUGUACAGUGUAUUUCAUAUUAGUCUACUACUGAAUUUUACAUUCCAUUGGUCUCUCACUGUGUUUGUGAAUUAACACAACACAAUUUU